CCAGCGGCUACUACUAGUUUCUUGCGAUAUCAGCUUUAGUUCUACCGUAGCUUAAACAUGAUAAACUGUACUAGAUGAUCAAUUACUUUUUUUUUUAAAGUAAAAAUCGAUAACUUUCAACAAGCUUAUCAGAGUUUGAGAUAAGGUAUGUUUGAAAAGGUCUCCUGAUUCUGAUCAAUCCUCUAAAGGUCACAAAAACACACACAAUUGGACUACCGCACAAAAGGUAAUGACUUUUCGGUGAUCGUUUAAUUUAUUUAAUCAGAAUUCUUCUUGUGUCGCUAUUUUUUACUUUCGAUAUAAUUCUGAGAAAACAUGAAUUGUGAUUCGGAUGAAGCGAGUACUGAAUGGAAGAGCUGAGGGAAGAAGAGAUUAAAAACAAACAAAAAAAAUUGAUUCUAAAGUGGUCAAGUAAUGUUUCAUCUCGAAGUUGAAGGCCCCGACGUUUUUUUGUGUUCCUACCGGCAAAUCACGAUUCCGUCAAAAAUUCUUUUCUGCAGCUGAUUCAAAAGUCUUGUGACUUAAAAUCCUCCUCAUCCAUUGCUACGACAUUAAUACAAACGUUAAAACUAUUUUUGUUAUGAUAAUAAUAAAAAAAAUUAUUUUUUUAAAUUGCCACCAACAUGAAAUUUUAAACAAUAUUUUUUAAUAAUAAAUAAAUAUAUGUAGAAGAAAAAUGCCCCGCCUUUUAAUUUGAUUUAGAACAUUUUCAUUAGGCUGUGCCUCUUGUUGUGGCGAUUUAAAGUUUAAAAAAACUGUAAUCGCGUGAUGUCAUUUUGUGCUGUAGUUUAAUGAAACAUAGCGGAUCUUCUGAACUGUGUGUGCAUCGGCAGCUUGAUAUUCCUAGGGCUCUGCUGCCUGAUUGCAAUAUUUACAUGUAAAAAAAACGCUUUCAACAAAAUAAUAAUUAUCUUAUUUUAAAAUGUAUUAUCAUUAAUUGAAAUGUGAACAUUAUGGGAAUACGUUUAUUGACAUAGGAACUAGGGGGUAGAAAUAAGAUAAGAUAAGAUGAGACAUUUUUUAUAGAUAAGAAAUUGAAGUUUUUUGCUUUUUGUUAUUUUUUUUUUUUAAUCAUUCACUGUACAUAUUUAUUUUCAGUCUUGAAAAUACUUGUUUGAGUUUUUUCGUUUCUCCUUAAAAUUAGUAUGUAGCGGAAAUUUCGUCGAAUAAUUUUGCGCUAGGAAGAACUGUUAAAUUCUUGAAUGUGAGUCGUAAUUUUGAACAGAGAGAUAAUUUUAGCCAAAUGAUUUCUUCACCAGUUCCUAAGGCUGUUUUUUUUAAAAAAAAGUAAUUCAUUAAGAGAAAAAAAAAUUAUUUAAAAGAUAAUGCUAAACAAUCCAUCUCUCUUCCACUUAGAUCAUGGACGAUAGCCGACUGCGACACUACAGCCCUGCUGUUGGAGUGUCCACUGCUGACUCCAGCGAUGACGACAUCGAUCCCGAGGACGACGGCGACGAUGACGUCAUCCUUGACAUUGACGGCUCGUGUCAGAGCGAUGACAACAGCGACACUCUCCACUCGCCGCUAACGCACGACGACAACAACGACAACAACGGAGAAUUCGGAGACAGCAGCGCCAGGCAUCUGUCCGGGAUGAGCAAAGACGAUCGAAUGGCCGCCACCGGUAAGACGACGAAGAGCAGCUCUUCGACGAAACGGUUGCUAAGGACGCCGAAGUGCGCGCGGUGCCGCAAUCACGGUGUGGUGUCGUGCCUAAAAGGACACAAGAGGUACUGCAGGUGGCGCGAUUGUCAGUGCGCAAACUGUCUGCUGGUGGUUGAGAGACAGAGGAUUAUGGCGGCUCAGGUAGCGCUGAGAAGGUGAGUGGUACCAAGUCAACGUAAGCAUGGAAAUACUAAAAUAUAUUGCACUAGGGUUUAACCACGUGCAGAUUUUUUUUUACAGGGGGUGGGGGAUUUUUGGAAAAAAACGUUUUUAAAAAGUUUAAAAAAAAAAAAAAAAAAAAACAAAAAAAAAAAAAAAGAACAAAAGAGUUAAUUUCUCAUUUUCUCAUUUCCCUACGCCAUACCUGUCGGCAUUUAAACAAUAUUCCUACAGACAGUCAUACAGACAGUCCUACAGACAGUCCUACACCAUGCAUCUUUAUUGAUUAUUAAAAUAGUCUCCUCCAGAAUAAAUGUCCCCCUUUUCAAGUAAGUUCAACCGUCAUGCACGACCCUCGCUGGUUGACAGCAUUUUACUCACUCUAUACUAUUAAAAUAAAACAUGUUGAGUAGGGGGGAGGGCCGGUUGAGGAAAGGAAGCCGGACACACCAGAAGCAAAAUACAUAAGAGAUUGUUGAAGCGGAAGCUUGCUAUAUCUAACAAACAGAAUAAUAAAAUAAGUUAAAUAUAUAUCCGAGAAUGACAUAAAUAUUUGAUCUCCAACAUUUGCUUACAUAACUCCAAACAAUUUCUAAAAAAAAAAAACAAUUACCUGCUGCAGUUUACCGUUAUUUUGAUCGGCAUACAAAAAAAAAACAUGAAUUUAAUGUUAUUGCAAAAUGACAUAAAUAUUUGAUCUCCAACAUUUGCUUACAUAACUCCAAACAAUUUCUAAAAAAAAAAAACAAUUACCUGCUGCAGUUUACCGUUAUUUUGAUCGGCAUCCAAAGAAAAAACAUGAAUUUAAUGUUAUUGCAAUAACCAGCCUCUUUUUUUUUUUUUAAAUGCAAAUUGGGGGAUAAUAAUUUUAUUUAAAAUAAAAAAAAAAAACAAUUACCUGCUUCAGUUUACCGUUAUUUUGAUCGGCAUCCAAAGAAAAAACAUGAAUUUAAUGUUAUUGCAAUAACCAGCCUCUUUUUUUUUUUUUAAAUGCAGAUUGGGUGAUAAUAAUUUUAUUUAAAAUAGAAAAAAAAUAUAACAAAUUUGUAACGAAUAUGUGGUAUUGGCUGCGAAUAAAUCACCAAAGUAUCAAAGUAAUCAUUACGCAAAGUAAGACCAAAUGUGUUAGUGUGUAAUUAAGACUAAUUUAAUUUCGGAGACAUAUCGUGUUAAUAGGGUUUAAAGAAUUCUUUUCCGAACCAAACUGUUUGUUCAAUUUAUGAUAUUUUCUUCCGCUGAAGGCCAAGCUCUACUGUCUAGUGCUUGAUGUGUCCUAGCGUAAUUAUAAUGCCAUGGACAGGUUCACCCUGCAUGUUCCCGCCGUUCUCAUAUGUACAGGAACGCCUUUUCCCGAUCAAUUUAUGCUUACAGUGAAUGAAGUUCAAUGGAUUGAACAUGUAACUGUUACUCAAUGAUUAAGGGAAGUGGCAGUGGAAGGUCUAGUCGUGCUGGUCCAGCUAAAACGAUUUUGUUAAAAAAAAAAGUAAACGCUUAUAAAAAUGUCUGCAUUACAUUAUGAAGUCUAUCGGGGUUGGUGAUCAAAUGAAGUCUAUCGGGGUUGGUGAUCAAAUGAAGUCUAUCGGGGUUGGUGAUCAAAUGAAGUCUAUCGGGGUUGGCGAUCAAAUGAAGUCUAUCGGGGUUGGUGAUCAAAUGAAGUCUAUCGGGGUUGGUGAUCAAAUGAAGUCUAUCGGGGUUGGUGAUCAAAUGAAGUCUAUCGGGGUUGGUGAUCAAAUGAAGUCUAUCGGGGUUGGUGAUCAAAUGAAGUCUAUCGGGGUUGGUGAUCAAGGGACAUUCUCAUUAUUUUUUUAAAAUUAAAACGUGAUUUUAAUUAAUUACGAACACACCGGAAGAAAAUUUAACAUAGAGAUUAUUUUUUUUCUGUUUUUUUUUCUAAGAAGAUUAUAAACGUACGUUCAAGUCUAAUAUUACAUUUCUUUUUUUUUUUUAAAGUGAUGUUCUGCUGGCUGUUAGAUGGCAUACAUUCAAAGACAGUAUGUAGUUCAUAUUUUUCUAUAAUUCCCUCUGAAGUAUAAUGUAAACAUUUCUUACGGCUACACAAAUUCCAACAUGAUGCUUAAAUGGGAUUGAGACGUAAGAAAAAAAAGAGAAGUGGCAAGAAGAGAUUUCUCACAAAGUAGAAAUGGCACAUUAAGUUAGUUGAAUCCGAAUGAGACAAGGACAGCUAUAACAAGUUACUAGAAACACACUGUCCUAUAGACAGGGACAGCUACAACAAAUAUUAAUUUCAAACAAAAAUAUACCAUCCUGGUCAUUAAAAUGGUGUUUUAUUUUUGGAGACCCGCUGUCUUGAAUAAACACAUUACCAUCCUGUGUUAGCUACUGUACCAUCCUGUGUUAGCUACUGUUGGGUUGUUGACGAUUGUGCCGGGGGGGGGGGGCGGAUUGCUAUUAUUUGGAGUGGUCGAGAUAUCCGGCUCUAUAUUUCACAUUAUCUUAUCAUUUAUCUUCUCAUAAAAAAUAUUUUGAACAUAUUUUUUAUUAAAACUAGUAUACUGCUUGGCGUGUGUCGUCAGGUCAGACUGAAUUAUCUCAGAACUAAACUAUGGCCCACCAAACCGAGGGCUGCCUCAAUGACGUCAACUUACCAUCUACUAACAUUACUUGACACAACAAUCACUCGAGUGAGGCACUUUGUAAGAUUCCCAAUGAGUGGUACUCCCCUCCCCCCAACCCCCUCCCCGCACACCCCCGUGCCUGAACUAUAUCAAUAUCCCAAUGCCCUACCCGCUUUUACACCUCAGAUUUAAUGACAUUAACUAUUUCCGUCAAACAAAAGAAAAUAUUGCCCACCGGACGCACUGGCGAUAUUUAAUGUUUAAGGGUUUUAUGUUUAAUUGUGUGAUAUAAUUUAUGCUCAAGCCUUUUUAAUGAUAUGCCGCACUCCGUAUGUUGCCACACGCACAAUGGUUGCUUGGCGGACCUAACGAGGCGUAUGGUUCGGAAACGGGACACCACUCACCACAUUACUAACGUAGCAUAGGUGUUGAAGGGAAAAAAAAUUGAGGUAAACUAAUAAAUCUUUUUUUGCGUAGCAUAAGUAUGACAUUGGACUUGGUUUUAAUUAAUGUCAGUUGAUUUCCAUUUUUUAAAAUAGUUUUUUUAGAACCGCCGACGAGCGUAUAGGCCUAAAUCUUUUUAGAACCGUCGAAGAAUGCGUAGGCCUAGAGCUUUUUAAAAAAAAAAAUUUUCUUCAUUUUUUGUUGUUGUUGUUCUGUUGAGGUUGUCCUUUCUUUAUCCAUAAAUGGAUUGUUUGGGGACAAUAAUUAUCACCCAGUUUUAAAGAUAACCUUUGCCCUUUAAACCCGCGCCUUUGUCCCUCUGUUCUCUUAUGCCAGGUAAUAGACAGACAUUAUUGUAAUUACCGAUGAUUACAGCCCGUACCAUGAUGGCCAUGUCUCAGAAGCCAUGUGACUGAAAUUAUAAGAAAGAUUGCGGCUCCCCCCCUCUCCUUUUUCGCCAACACACACACAAAUCACGGAACCUAAGCACAUAAAGGAUUGGUUAUUACUCAAUCUUUUAAAUCCUAAUAAUUUCUAAUCCUAUAAAUAUUAUCUUUAUUUUGACAGUCAACCGUCAACUGUGUUACCUUUCAAAAGCUAUUUAUAUUUAUAAAUAUCAUACAGGAAAUGGUUCCUUACGGAUUUAGGAUAUGGAUAUUGUGUUUUCCAUCCGCAUACAUCAUGCUGCUUUUGUACCUGGUGACUUAUUCACUUAAAAAUCGCCUUGUCUUUGUACCAAGUAGCUCAGCGGUUCUCAACCUGUGGGUCGCGACCCCCUUUUCCAAGGGUCGCUUAAGACCAUCUGAAAACACAUAUCCUUACAGCUAUGAAGAAGCAACGAAAAUAAUUGUGUGGCUGAGGGGUCGCCACGACACGAGAAACUGUAUUAUCGCGGCACUAGGAAGGUUGAGAACCACUGCAGUAGCUUAUCGGCUGCUGGACUCUUCCAAACUUGGUCUUUCUCCGUCUCGACAAUAAUAUAAUAAUAUUCUUGAAAUGUAUACAGUUCACUGUGUCUUUAUUGAACUCAUUCGACACUUGGAUGUCCCAUGUAAAGCAGGGGUCCUCGAAAGUGCUGUACCUCACCCCGUAAGGGUUUUAUCUCCGGGGAGCCUCUGUGAAGAACAUUUGAGGUUCCCUCCUUUUUCCCCGGCCUCAUCUCAAAUCCGGAUCUUACUGUCUAUAAAAAGGAGGCCAACGGAUAGUACUGAAAUAACUGGAACCACAGUUAACGCCUUGAGCUGCGAUCGCUAAAAUUACCAAAAACGGGUCGCAAAAUAAAAACAGCAACAACAACAACAACAACAGCAACAACAACAGCAACAACAACAACAGCAACAACAACAACAACAUAUAUUUAAAAAGGAGUCUUGUGUUUGAAUUCAGCAAUACAUUAUUUAAAAAAAAAAAAAACUAAUUAAAGGCAUUUUACAGCUCAUAUUUGGAAUCAAAGAAGUGACGCUUAGUUCUGAUGUUGCGAAUAUGCUAAAAUAAAGUGUGUGAAUAGAGCGCUCCUUCAACACCCUAAAAAAACAAAAAAAAAAAACCCACCAAAAAAAAUUAAAUAACAUUUUUUUUUAAAAAUCACAUAAACGCACAGACACACACACACACACAAAAAAAAAAAAGAAAAAAAGGCAUUUUACAGAUCAUAUAUGGAAUCAAAGAAGUGACGCUUAGUUCUGAUAUUUCGAAUAUGCAAAAAAAAAGAGUGUGAAUAGAGCGCUCCUUCAACACCCUAAAAAAACAAAAAAAAAAAACCCACCAAAAAAAAUUAAAUAACAUUUUUUUUUAAAAAUCACAUAAACGCACAGACACACACACACACACACACACACACACACAGAGAGACAGACACACACACAUAUAAAACAUAGACUCCCACCACCACCAAUUAUAUUGAAGUGAAGAAGACCAUAAAAUGAUUGCAGAAGUUAAGGUGCCGUGUAAGUGUGACGUUUUAAACACAGGUGUUAACUGUUGAUUAAGACCCCUACACUAUUAUCAUAUAACUUCAUUGGCGCCCUGUGUAUCAUCGUCUAAGCCAGUGUUGCCCAACGUGGGGGGCAUAGGGGGCAUGGGGGGUGAGGGGUUUGGGUGGUCAUUUGAGCGUUAUUAAGGGACGUAUACUUCAUGAAAUAAGGACACCCAUUUUUUUAAAAAAUCUGUUGUUUUUGUUUCCCCUUCAAUAUCGGUAUUUAUAUUUUUCAAUAGUAACUCUUAGCAAAUAUAUCUAGAACGUGCGUGUAUGCGAUAUUUUCCAAUUAUUUGAUUUUACAACGCUAACUGCUGAUAACAACAUCUUUAUAUUUGCAAUGACCGUAUAUUUUAAAGCGAUCAAUGACAAUGAUAUAUAUAGGAGAAUUUGCUACACAGGGAUACACUUGGGGAUUUGAAUACAACAGGCGUUCACACCUUCUCCUCAUCAAGCCUUUAUUAUGUUGAGGUCGUAGCUUUGGGGUUAUUGUUAUUGUAAUCCAACAAGGUACCGUUCCGGGAUUUAAAGUAGUGAUGUAUAGAGAUAGGAUUAACACACCCCCCUCGCCCCCCACCCCACCCCCCGCAGUUACGCCUAGACCUAAUCUUAAGAAAUGAGGUAGAGAAAUAACAGCAGCGUUGGUGUGGAGAGUUCAGGUUUGACUUAGAUUUGGUGAAUGAUAAAACAGCAACACAACGAAAGAAAACAACAAUUAAAAUAAUAAUACUAAUAAUAUUAAAAAUAAUAAUAAUAAUAAUAAUAAUAAUAAUAGUAAUAAUAAUAAUAAUAUUAAUUAUAAGAAGAAGAUGAAGGAAAAGGAGACGUAUAAUAAAAAUAAUAAUAAUAUUAGUAAUAAUAAUGAUAAUAUUAAUAAUAAUAAUAAAACACAAGAAAUGAUGGGUUACAGGUGGGUGGCACAGUCUGACAGAUUGCUCAAAGAACAUCAAGUAAGUCAUUUUGAGGCACAAUGAUAGUGCAGACAGGCAAGAUUUGGGAAAUAGAAAAAAACAACAACAUAAGACUGCACAAAACAAGUGACAUUGAGUCAGAUGCCAAUGACAUCAGUCACUAAUAAGUGACACGGAGUGCCAGUGGUUACAGCAUAUCUCGUAUUUCUGGUACCCAUAAAAAAAGAAAUCCGCCAGGUCUAAGGAAAUGGAAAGAAGCUGUGUUAUUGGGGUCGGUGCGAUCCCGUUUGAGAAACACUGUUGUUACAUUUUUUUUUUUUUUUUGAAAAUUCUACAGAACAAGUUGUUUGAAGUAUCAAAAUAAAUACAAUCAACGUGAACAAUAAAAAAUACACAAACGCAUAGAAGGUUUUUAUCUAAACAGUAAUCGACCCAAGAUCUAUCCACCAAGGUUCGUAAAGGUAAAACAACUAUUUUUCUAACGAAAAUGAACAAUUUUAAUUCUAAUGAUGGCCGCACAUUAAUUUCAUUUUGUUUCUGGAACAAAACAACUUUAGGAUUCAACUUCAGUAUCACAUUUUUUUUGUUUUUUUUAUUUUAAAAUUUUCUGGCAACUGCCCGUCAAAAUGUAGCGAUGGUGUAGAUGUCGCAGAGCGAAAUCACAAGGCCUGAGAAAUUUCUUUUUUAGAAGGAUAAGCUGAUUCCCUUGACAGCCAAUCACCUCCCUCCACGCACCUGGAUAACCCAAGGGAACAUUAAAUGUGGAUGGUACAUCUUGUCACUGUCAAUGCCAUCCGCCUACGGGACUCCUUCUCCGGGUUUGAAAAGUCACAGUUUGUCCGUCUCUUUAAACGUUUGCCGUCGAAAGCUCCAAGAGUCCCAUCCACACCGGGCACUGGUUAUGUUUUUUGUAUGUGAUUGUCUAGGCUUUGAAUUGGCUCAGUUUAGACCUCGCGGCCACCAAGCACCACAGUGACUUACUUUAAAAACCGAUAAUUUCAACUCUUUGAAUACACCUCAACGCUUGGAGCUUCGACUGGUGUUUUUCUCUAACAUUUUUUUCUGUCUUCGCACACUAUUCAACUUGACGGAAUGCUUUACAACUUGACAGCAGUGAUCACGGCCUGCUCAGUGUGCUUUGAUUGAUAUACUGGCUCUCAGCCUUCCCAAUGCGGCAACCGUUUAAUAAAGUUAGUUCCUCAUGUUGUGUUGACUCCCCCAACCUUAACAUUAUUUUCGCUGCUACUUCAUAAAUAUGUGUUUCCCGAUGGACUUAGGCGACCCCUGUGUAAGGGUCUUUCGACCCCCCAAAGGAGUCGCGACUCACAGCUUGCGAACCGAUAGAUUAACAAAUGAAGCUAUGUUGUGUCUACAUGUGAACUGUCUGAUGAGGCAGAGACACGUUUAGAGAACUCAUAUAUAAACGGCAAAGAUGAGAAUUUAAAAAAAAAAAAUUAAAAUCCAUUUUGAAGAGAAAAAAAAGAGAAAACUGCAAUCAUUAUUUCUGUUUGUAUUUAAUAUAAAACAAGGGUUCUAAAACUUUUUAGCUGCAACGCACCCUAUCUUAAUUCUAAAACAUAUUUCCCCGCACCAAACCUUAAUAAUAAAAAAAUAUGUAUUUAAAUUUCUAGAUCUUGCCGCACCCCUUGACACUUCCUCUCACACUCCUAGGGAGGGCGAGCGCACCCCUGGCUAAGAACCCCUGAUAUAACCGGCAACAGUUCACAAUAGCGAUCCAAUUUAAAAACGUGCUAGUCCAGUCAUUUUAAUUCUGCGAGAGCUAACCGUCGUGAAAGAACAAACGCUGCAGUUGGCUUGAUUACACUCAAGCAUUCGUGUUAUUUGAUGCUGACUAUGACAGGUUCUCAUUUUUAACAGGCUGACCAAACAAUGUAUCAGACUUCAAGUAAAAAAAAACAACAUUAUAAAUAGUUUCAAUAUUUGCUACCUUCUAGCUUUCAUUAUGCUUAACAAGAUAAAGGGGGCAUAAUUCUUUAUUACGUAUAAAUAGCACCGGAAGCCGUUCACGAAGCUUAUUCUGGUUCAGGGGUCCGCGAACCUGCGGUAAAUUACACCAAAUGGGGUAAACGUGUACAUUUUAGGGGGUGGGGUGGGGUGGGGUGGGGGGGGGGGGUAAAUGUCGGUUCAAAAGGCAAUUAAAUUAUAUAGAAUGCAAGGUCCUUUUUUUUUUUUUUUUAAAAGGAAAAAGUUUUCUUUUUGCAACGGUGCAUCUGAGCAGUUUGAUUGAGAAACGCAUUCAGCAUUUUGUG